AUGGCUACCAACGUGAGCAACGUGACUCAAUUCUCUCAUCUCACUCUCAACGAGGGCGUCAACGCCUUUGACGAGUCGACAGACGCCGCCAAGGCCAUUUCCAAGGUCCUCGACUCGACUCUCAAGCAGCCCGGCGCGAGACGCGUUUACACUGGUGUUGAGAUUGAGAAUCCUUCUACUCUUUGGCUUUUUAUUGAUUGGGAGACUUUGGAACACCACAACACCUAUCGCAAGACUGCCGACCAUGGUCCCAUCCUUGAGUCUUUGAAUCCUUAUGUCAACUUCAACAAGUACCUCAGCAAGCACGUCACUGUGAACCCCCACCCCCCAGAGGACGUCCUCGACAAGGCCCGAUCACCCGUCACCGAGGUUCUCCUCGCUUUCUUCCCACCAGACUACGACGUCGCAGCCCGCGCAACAGCAACACGUCGUCUCGAGGAAUUCGCAGCCCGCGCACUCAAAACCUCGCCAGACUGGCGUGGCAUCAGCUACGGCUGGAGCGUCGAGAACGAUGUGCCCGUAAAGGGCGACGAGGACAAGACGGGCAGCAUGCUCGUUGCGUUCAUCGGAUGGCCGAGCGUCGAGGCGCAUCAGAAGUUUAGGGAGACGCAGGAUUUCAAGGAUCACAUUGGCUUGCUGAGGGAGAUGCCGCAGUUGAUCAAGUUGAGCGCUUUCCAUGCAAGAGUUGGCGUUGUUGCAACGCGUGAGCCGCUCAUCCGUGAGCUCUCCUCCAAGCCAUUCAACAUCUGGAAGCCCACAGCGCUCCCAGAUCCAUCCUGA